GGUCCCAAUAACAGCUUUGUUCUGUUGUCAUAUCCUUCUACACAGAAACACAACAUGGUAAUUCCAUGGUCUUGAUAUCUCUAUCAAUCCAAACUUAUUUCUCAUCAAAAUGGAGAAAUUGAUAAUAUGGUGCUAUGUAUUUUGCAGUUUUUUCGGCUUUGCCCAUAGUCAAUGUAGUGCGAAUAACUUGGUGACCACUGAUAGUCUUACUGCUACCCGGGCCCUCCAGACCUUCAGUUCCCCCGGAUGGAAGGUGUCCUAUUACUCGAAUAUGGACUGUAAGUGGCUGAUAAGCGCCGGGAAUGGUGAGCGUGUGGUGGUGGACAUGCGGGAGUACAUCAUAGAGGACGGCGAGGGGCCUGAAUGUGUCUACGAUUUCCUCCAGUUCUUUGACGGUUCAAGCACUAGCGGUGAUGCCGUAACGGUGUGUGGUACAGCUCGCCAGGGUAGAAUGUUUGUGUCCACUGGAAAAGAUGCACUCAUCCGACUCAAAAGUGACUACAGUUUAGAGAUGGCCGGGUUCACAAUGAGAUACUUCAUCGGAAAAACGGAAGAUCAGGGUGGUUGUGCUUCUACUAUUGUAACUUUGACACCAACCAGCACCGUCCAGUACCUGACCAACAAACAAUGGCCCGACUCCUACGACGAACCAUCCACAUGUCAGUGGCUCAUCAGAUCAACGGCAAAGGUAGAAAUACAGAUUAUAUUCUCUGAUCUGAUGAGUGGAGAGGAAUGUUUCUCAGACACACUAGAUAUAUAUGAUGGGUCCGACGCUACUGCUGCUCCCCUUACCCAGACCUUCUGUGACAGUAGAGACAUAUUCCCCAGCAGGAAUACUUUGACAUUUUUAUCUAGUGGAGCAGAUGCCUUUGUCAAAUUCAAUUCCAUUGCGAGCGGCUGGAGAAGACAUGGGUUUGUCCUGAGCUUUCGACAAGAAGGACCUUCUGCUACCACCACCCCAGCCCCAUCAACGACCACCACACAGCCACCGAAUGACGUGUGUAGUAGUGGCACCAUUCAGCUAACAGCCACCAAUGAUACACAGUUUAUACAGUCCCCAAGCUACCCAAUCUUCUACUCACCGAACCUGGUGUGCUCUUGGUUGAUAGAGGGACCAGAGGGAAGUGUUAUUCAGCUGAAGGUGAUAGAUUCCUAUCUGGAGGACAGUGAGGGGUGUAUAGGGGACUCUGUCAACAUUCACGAUGGUGGUAGUGGUGAGGCGGCUGUGAUUGCAACCUACUGCGGGGAGAUCUCUAGCAGCGUCAACUCCACCAGCAACAAGCUGUAUAUCAUCUUCCGGUCGGACGGAUCCGUCGGUCAGAGGGGGUUCCAUCUGGAGUAUACAGCUCUAUCAAACUACUCCGCUCCGUCUUGUGUCCCGCAAGCAGGAGUAACCAAUCUUGUUGCCAAUUCUACAGCCCAGUAUUUUGAAUCCCCUAAUUACCCUAACAACUAUGACAACUCGACAACAGUUUACUGGCUGAUCCACAAUCCUACAGACAGUGGUUAUAUUAAGCUUGAAGUAGAAGAUUCUAGAAUAGAGGCUAAUCCUUCCUGUUCAUAUGACAAGGUUACAGUUUACAGAGGUCCCUGCACCACCUACCCUGUACUGGAUUCCUUCUGUGGGGUGGAGAGGCCCACCAUCACCCAGUACACUGGUUCCUAUGUACUGGUGUCCUUCGUUACGGACGCCACCGCGGAGUUCAAGGGAUUCAGAAUCAAGUACUACGUCACCACAGAGAGAGAAAAGGAGAGCACUUUUUGGCAAGAUGUUGCGCUGAUAGCUGGAGUAACUGUUGCGGCUAUUGUUGCUGUUGGAUUAAUAGUAGGAUUAGCAGUAGCAGCAAAGAAAGGAAAACUUCCUGGAAUGAAAUCAGGUAAACCUAAAAAGCGCCGUCUGUCGGUGUCUAGCGUUAGCAGCAGUAGUAGUGAUAGUGAUAGUGACAAUGAAGCAAAGAAAAAGCGGCGCCCAAAAACCGCGCUUAGAUCCAAAACGAAAGUGAAAUUACCACCUGUUCAGUCAUCCAAUGUGGAUAAACUACCAACAUUACCUAUAUCAAAACAAGGCAAACUGCCACCUAUUGCAAAAAUUUCUAAGUGAUUCUGUGAAUAUACUGCAUGUGUUGUGUGAUGUCCUGAAUGCUGGAAAUUGACAGUGUCUUGGGAUGCACUUUUUUUUAUUGUUACGUGAAUUUGUAUCUCAAAGAUUUAUUUUUAUAUAUCAUGUCUCCACAGUUAAUAAAUACUAUACUUAUAUUCUAAAGUAUAGUGUCGUAUGUCUAUACUAGUAUUGUAGUGAGUCUAAAAAGUAUGUCGACUUUAUACAUUGAUACAAAUUCUUCAUUUUUCUUUUGUUAGAUAAAUUGCGUUUCAGUGUUUAUAUUUGAGCUGUUGUUUGAAACAAAACUUUCUUAUAUGAUAUAUAUGUUCUAAUAUGUUAUGCCCAUGCCAAGCUUUAGAUAUUUGAGACCUAAGAUUAAAAGUCAAUAUUUGCGACUAUUACCUCCUCAUACAUUAAGAGAUAUUCAAACGUUUCUUAGAUUUUUAAAACCUACAAUUAAUUUUGUAGAACUCUUAAACUUCAGUUCAGUUUGCUAUACGUGUACAUACAUGUAAUUUAACCCGACUAUGAAUAUGUACAUUUACGAUGUAUUUCAAGUAUUUUAGUCACUUCCCAGCAAUGUAAAUAAAAUCUAUCACAUUGUAUUUUAAACACAAUCAACCUUUUAAAAGCUUUAUUCGGUUGAACAAGAAAUGUAUGUAAAAGUUU